UCAUGGCUCGCCAGCUUCAUCUAUCACAGCCCCUACCAAGCACACUUCAAGUCGGCCUGGCUGCUCUGACCCUUCUAUGUUGUGCCCUGUCAUUGUUCAUGUGUGCUUCUUAUUCCCACAAAUGGCGGCGUCGGUGGAAUUCUUGCACCAACUUUUUGGUCGAUGAUAGUCCAGUUAUACAACAUAUGCAGCCAGGUGACAAUGAUGAAAGCAUGGAUGAUAGUGGUGAUCAAGAAGACCCAAUCUGGCAGAAAAACAUACUCAUGGGAGGUAAGUGCCAGCUACCAGAUUUUUCAGGAGUCAUAAUCUAUGACUCCGAGGGGAACGUCACCAAGCCUGACAAAACUCCUCGUUUAACCUGGAAGUAAGGAAGAACAAAAUGCCAACGACAGCUUACAGGUACUGCUGCAAUGCUUCAACACUACCCUGCCUUGUGGACCCGUUUCAAUAAGAACAACCGCGAUGCCUCCUUUCACAAGAUUUCUUGUUUUUGUUUUGUUUUGUUCUGUUUUCCUCAAGAUAAUUACUAAUUUGAAAGAACAGUACGAACUGAUAUGUAUCAUGUUUGACAAGAUAAAUAGCAUCCUAUGUAAUUUGAAUAUUUGAUAAUAGUACUGUAGACUAUGCAUCG